CACAUGUUUCCAAGCUCCCCCAGCCCCACCAUAAUCCCAUCUCGGAGCUUUCCCCCCCACCCCACCUCACCUCGCUCCCCGCGUCGGCGCCUACUAAUGGCAGCCGGAUCUCGCCGCCCGCCGCGCCCACGGAGAUGAAGCGCCGGCGCCUGCCGCCCGUCCUCUUCCUCCUCGCGCUCGCGCUCUUGUCCCUCGCCUUCCGCCGCCACCUCUCCCUCCCCCUCGGCGUUCCCCAGUUCGCCGCCGGUGGCGUCAGCGGCGACGCGCUCCUCCGCCUCCUCGCGGCCACCGACGUCGGCGGGGACCAGAUCCUGGCGGAGGCGGCCGCGCUGCUGGCCAACGCGUCGGUGUCCACCUUCCCCAGCAUCGGCAACCACCACCGCCUCCUCUACCUCCGCGUCCCCUACCGCAUCAACGCCACCUCCGCGCCGCGGCAGCGGACAGUGUCCCGUCUCCGCAUUCCCUUCCACGACGUCCCCAACGACGACGCCCUCCUCGCCGCCUUCCGCGCAUCCCUCCGCGGCUUCCUCCUCGCGCGCCACCGCCACCGCCACCGCCGAGGCGGCGACGACGUCGCGGGCGCCAUGGCCGACCUCCCCGCCCUCCUCCUCGGCCAGCGCCGGCGCCGGCGCGCCCCGACCUGCGCCGUCGUCGGGAACAGCGGCACCCUUCUCGGCUCCGGCCGGGGCGCGCAGAUCGACGCGCACGACCUCGUGAUCCGGCUCAACAACGCCCGCGUCGCGGGGUUCGCGGCCGACGUCGGCGCCACGACCGGCGUCUCGUUCGUGAACUCCAACAUCCUCCACCACUGCGCCGUCCGCUCCGCCAUCACCGCCCCGGGCUGCGCCUGCCACCCCUACGGGCGCGCGGUCCCGCUGGCCAUGUACGUCUGCCAGCCGGCGCACCUCCUGGACGCGCUCAUCUGCAACGCCACGGCGACGCCGGAGUCCCCGUUCCCGCUCCUCGUCACCGACGCGCGCAUCGACGCGCUGUGCGCGCGCAUCGCCAAGUACUACUCGAUGCGGCGGUUCGUGGCGGCCACGGGGCAGCCGGCCAGCAACUGGACCCGGAGGCACGACGAGAGGUACUUCCACUACUCGUCGGGCCUGCAGGCGGUGGUCAUGGCGCUAGGGGCGUGCGAUGAGGUGAGCGUGUUCGGUUUCGGGAAGGCGCCGGGGGCCAAGCACCAUUACCACACCAACCAGAAGAAGGAGCUCGACCUGCACGACUACGAGGCCGAGUACCAGUUCUACCGCGACCUCCAGGAACGGCCAGAGGCGGUGCCAUUCCUCGACGAGGCGCCGGGCUUCAAGGUGCCACCGGUGAAGCUCUACUGGUGACCACUGACGUCAGUAACGUCUGGUUGGUAGUAACUUGUACUGUAAUAUGUUUGUUGUACAAUUUUUUUUUAUUUUUACAUUUUCACCUAAAGAGGUGUUUAGGCAGAGAGAGAUAAGCGUGUAGAGAAUGUAGCGAUUGACAGGGAGGGAAUGUGUUUAAGGAUAGGGAAAAUGGAGAUCAAAUUUGUGAUUGAUCAAAUGGAUCAAAUUGGUUGUAGUUGUUCAUGUAUUCUGUCUGUGUAGGGCAACUGUACACUUCAUCGAUUCUUGUUCAUAUAUAGACACUUUCAGACACCAGUGGAAAACAUAAGUUAUGGGCAA